AUGGGCGGACUGGGAGAUUUGGCAGAGCUGGAGGCAGAGCUCAUCAAGAGGAAUCGUGAGAUCGCCAAGGUCCGCGACGACGUUCUGAAAGUGGAAAGGCGCCUUGAAGAAUCCCGGAAGCGCAACGACGACCUCCUGGAGCGCAUCGCUGUGCUGGACUCUGAGGUUACCAAGAAGGAUCUUCAGAUGAAGGAAGCCGAGCAAAAGGCGGCCGAUGCUUGUAAAGAGCUCGAAAACAAGGAUGCUGCUGUAACGAAGCUCGAGGAGGACUUGCAAGCUGAACGGGAGCACACGCGUGAGGAUCGGGCUGCUGCGGAGGCUCUCGACAAGGCCCAUGCCAGCAUCGCUCAAUUGCAGGAGGCCCUCUCCAGCGAGAGGGAGGCGCGCGCCGAGCAGCAAAAAGAGGCCCAAGCCAAGAUCAAGGAGCUCACCGACAAGAUUGCAGCGAUGCAGUCUGAGCAUGCUGCUGCGCUGGAGCGAAGCAAAUCCUUAGAGGCCAGGAGCAACUUGGCAGUUGAAUGCAAGGAUGAGGCCCAGAGUCUCACAGCUCAGCUGGGCCAGCUGCGCUCGGAGCUCGUCGCUGAACAGGAGGGUCGCGCAGCCGAGUCUUCGGAGGCAGCCGCAGUUGCAGAUCAACUGCACAGGAACAUCAAGCAGCUGCACGAGGACAUGGCGAGUGAAACGGAGGCACGAUCGGUGCAGGAGAAGGAGGCAGCUGCCACGAUCAAAGAGCUCACGGAGAAGGCUGCAGCACUGCAGCUAGGCAGGCAAGCGGAGCACGCCGCAGCAGCAGAACGAGGCCAGACUAGGGAGGCUCGAGCCCAGGAGGAGGUGGAGAAGCUGACUGAGGAGCACAGAGUCCGCAGCGAGCAAGAGCGAGGGGUGGAACAGCGGAAUGCAGACGAGGUGCUCAUGGAGGUCGGGGCCCACUUAGGCUGGAUCUCGCUGGUCUUAGUGCGAUUCCACUUGCCUGCACGUCUUUCUAUCCCCUCAGAAUUGAGGAGAGCGAGGGACACAAUCCAACAACUGCGCGACGCAGCCAACAGCGCAGCCGACACCCACGCCAGCGAGCACAAAAACGCGUUGGCCAAGAUCGAGGAGCUCACCGAGAAAGUAUCCAGUUGGCAGGCCGAGCACGCGGCAGCAGUAGAGAGAGGUGACACUUUGGAGGCCAAAGGCAAGGCGGAUGUGGACAGUUUGUCCUCCCAGCUGGACCAGCUGCGUGCUGACCUCAGACUUGAGCAGGAAGGGCGCGCAUCCGAUGCCUCCAAUGCGGCUGCUGCCUCUGAGGAGCUGACCUCCACAAUCCAGAGGUUGCAAGAGUCCGCCAGCAGCGCAGCCGACACCCACGCCAGCGAGCACAAGAACGCGUUGGCCAAGAUCGAGGAGCUCACCGAGAAAGUCUCCAGUUGGCAGGCUGAGCACGCGGCAGCUGUAGAGAGAGGUGACGCUUUGGAGGCCAAAGGCAAGGCGGAUGUGGACAGUUUGUCCUCCCAGCUGGAGCAGCUACGUUCUGACCUCAGACUUGAGCAGGAAGGGCGCGCAUCCGAUGCCUCCAAGGCGGCUGCUGCCUCUGAGGAGCUGAACUCCACAAUCCAGAGGUUGCAAGAGUCCGCCAGCAGCGCAGCCGACACCCACGCCAGCGAGCACAAGAACGCGUUGGCCAAGAUCGAGGAGCUCACCGAGAAAGUAUCCAGUUGGCAGGCCGAGCAUGCGGCAGCAGUAGAGAGAGGUGACACUUUGGAGGCGAAAGGCAAGGCGGAUGUGGACAGUUUGUCCUCCCAGCUGGACCAGCUGCAUGCUGACCUCAGACUUGAGCAGGAGGGGCGUGCGUCCGAUGCCUCCAAGGCGGCUGCUGCCUCUGAGGAGCUGAACUCCGCAAUCCAGAGGUUGCAAGAGUCCGCCAGCAGCGCAGCCGACACCCACGCCAGCGAGCACAAGAACGCGUUGGCCAAGAUCGAGGAGCUCACCGAGAAAGUCUCCAGUUGGCAGGCCGAGCACGCGGCAGCAGUAGAGAGAGGUGACACUUUGGAGGCCAAAGGCAAGGCGGAUGUGGACAGUUUGUCCUCCCAGCUGGACCAGCUGCGUGCUGACCUCAGACUUGAGCAGGAAGGGCGCGCAUCCGAUGCCUCCAAGGCGGCUGCUGCCUCUGAGGAGCUGAACUCCACAAUCCAGAGGUUGCAGGAGUCCGCCAGCAGCGCAGCCGACACCCACGCCAGCGAGCACAAGAACGCGUUGGCCAAGAUCGAGGAGCUCACUGACAAAGUCUCCAGUUGGCAGGCUGAGCACGCGGCAGCAAUAGAGAGAGGUGACACUUUGGAGGCGAAAGGCAAGGCGGAUGUGGACAGUUUAUCCUCCCAGCUGGACCAGCUGCGUGCGGACCUCAGACUCGAGCAGGAAGGGCGCGCAUCCGAUGCCUCCAAGGCGGCUGCUGCCUCUGAGGAGCUGAACUCCACAAUCCAGAGGUUGCAGGAGUCCGCCAGCAGCGCAGCCGACACCCAUGCCGGCGAGCACAAGAACGCGUUGGCCAAGAUCGAGGAGCUCACUGACAAAGUCUCCAGCUGGCAGGCUGAGCACGCGGCAGCAGUAGAGAGAGGUGACACUCUGGAGGCGAAAGGCAAGGCGGAUGUGGACAGUUUGUCCUCCCAGCUGGACCAGCUGCGUGCUGACCUCAGACUCGAGCAGGAAGGGCGUGCGUCCGAUGCCUCCAAAGCGGCUGCUGCCUCUGAGGAGCUGAAUUCCACAAUUCAGAGGUUGCAGGAGUCCGCCAGCAGCGCAGCCGACACCCACGCCAGCGAGCACAAGAACGCGUUGGCCAAGGUCGAGGAGCUCACCGAGAAAGUCUCCAGUUGGCAGGCUGAGCACGCGGCAGCAGUAGAGAGAGGUGACACUUUGGAGGCGAAAGGCAAGGCGGAUGUGGACAGUUUGUCAUCGCAGCUGGACCAGCUGCGUGCUGACCUCAGACUUGAGCAGGAAGGGCGCGCAUCCGAUGCCUCCAAGGCGGCUGCUGCCUCUGAGGAGCUGAACUCCACAAUCCAGAGGUUGCAGGAGUCCGCCAGCAGCGCAGCCGACACCCACGCCAGCGAGCACAAGAAUGCGUUGGCCAAGGUCGAGGAGCUCACCGAGAAAGUCUCCAGUUGGCAGGCUGAGCACGCGGCAGCAGUAGAGAGAGGUGACACUUUGGAGGCCAAAGGCAAGGCGGAUGUGGACAGAUUGUCCUCCCAGCUGGACCAGCUGCGUGCUGACCUCAGACUUGAGCAGGAAGGGCGCGCAUCCGAUGCUUCCAAGGCGGCUGCUGCCUCUGAGGAGCUGACCUCCACAAUCCAGAGGUUGCAGGAGUCCGCCAGCAGCGCAGCCGACACCCACGCCAGCGAGCACCAGAACGCGUUGGCCAAGGUCGAGGAGCUCACCGAGAAAGUCUCCAGCUGGCAGGCUGAGCAUGCGGCAGCAGUAGAGAGAGGUGACACUUUGGAGGCCAAAGGCAAGGCGGAUGUGGACAGAUUGUCCUCCCAGCUGGACCAGCUGCGUGCUGACCUCAGACUUGAGCAGGAAGGGCGCGCAUCCGAUGCCUCCAAGGCGGCUGCUGCCUCUGAGGAGCUGAACUCCACAAUCCAGAGGUUGCAGGAGUCUGCCAGCAGCGCAGCCGACACCCACGCCAGCGAGCACAAGAAUGCGUUGGCCAAGGUCGAGGAACUCACCGAGAAAGUCUCCAGCUGGCAGGCUGAGCACGCGGCAGCAGUAGAGAGAGGUGACACUUUGGAGGCGAAAGGCAAGGCGGAUGUGGACAGAUUGUCCUCCCAGCUGGACCAGCUGCGUGCUGACCUCAGACUUGAGCAGGAAGGGCGCGCAUCCGAUGCCUCCAAGGCGGCUGCUGCCUCUGAGGAGCUGAACUCCACAAUCCAGAGGUUGCAGGAGUCCGCCAGCAGCGCAGCCGACACCCACGCCAGCGAGCACAAGAACGCGUUGGCCAAGGUCGAGGAGCUCACCGAGAAAGUCUCCAGUUGGCAGGCUGAGCACGCGGCAGCAGUAGAGAGAGGUGACACUUUGGAGGCGAAAGGCAAGGCGGAUGUGGACAGAUUGUCCUCCCAGCUGGACCAGCUGCGUGCUGACCUCAGACUUGAGCAGGAAGGGCGCGCAUCCGAUGCCUCCAAGGCGGCUGCGGCUUCUGAGGAGUUCAAGAGCGCCGUGCAACGCCUCCAGAACGAUCUGUCUCAUGGCGAUGUUGCAAGGGAGAAUUUGCUGAACGAGGCUGCUGACAAAGCACAGCAGCUGGAGCGUCUACAGCUUGAACACGCCAACAUGGUGGAACAAGCGCGCAGUGCGUCCGAAGCAGCUGCCAAUGAGAAGGAGGAGUUGAUCCGGUGA